GCAAGGCCAAUAUCUUUGCAAUGCUUUACGCUUUUGCACGAACGUGUGGUUUCUAACUGCGCCUACAAUUCCGCACGUUCGGGGUAGUGGCGUGCGCUAACGCGCGGGGCGUGGGCGUAGUCGUUCCCCCCGCUGCUAAGUGCGCUUUGGUCACUGGUGUAACUUGCUACAGAGAUAAGACCUGAGGGCUGCCGUCGUAGAGUAUCUGCACCUCCCAUCCUUUCUAAAGAUGCUACGAUACAGGCAUCUUCGCCAUGUCCUCCUUCUCAAUGGACUCAACUUCUAAGCGGGAGCUGAAAUCAAUCGAGUCGCCAGCGGCAGCACCAUCAAAGCGUGGUCGGUCGGGCCGUCGUUCACGAGUGGGGUGCUUGACGUGCAAGGAGAAGCAUGUCAAAUGCGACGAGACGCGUCCCGCCUGUCGUAAAUGCGCUGACAAGGGAUGGACCUGUGGUGGUUACGGGUACGGUCUCAAAUGGUCCUAUAAACAUCAGCCAACGCCGAUCAGUCCUGCUUGUGAUGAAGCGACGACUAUCGAGGAGGGGCGGACAGUGACCACUGGGACGAGAUGCGGUACGAAGACCUCAGCGCUGCCUCAAGUAUCGGAUGGCACCGUCUUCGAUCCUCUGCCACUGGAUGACACCUUUGCCGUGUUUGACGACCAGCACCCAAGAGAGGAUUGUGAGGAACUGAUCUCCCAGACUGACUGGGCGAGUCAUCCUGCCUGGUACAAGCCAGCAGUGGCUACAAAAGAGCGCUCAUCACCUUCGAGGGGGAGUUGCCCAUCACAACAGGAGACAGGCUUCGGGAUGGAAUACAGUACUGCGCUCCGAUGGUCGAAUCUCUUGGCAACUGACCCUUCCGCGGGCAUUCCCAAUACAGCGAUGGAACUGAUCGGGCGAUGGUUUGGCGAAGUCUGCCCGGCAUGGUCGGGAUUCGAUUCAAACUCCAACAUGAAUCGCGAGCUGGCGGGGAGCCUUUGGCAAAAUUCCGAACCAGUGUUCAUGUGUCUGCAAAGCAUGGCAGCAAGCUUCAUGAGCUCGCGCCUACCUCGAAUGCGCCAACCCGCGCACAGACUACUGAAAAAGGCCGUGGCGUCGGUGCAGGCGGAUAUCGCUUCAAGUGCUGCCACCCUUUACUAUUCUAUCCCGACCACCUCGCUGUUCAGUCUUCUCUGUCUGGGCACGAGCGUGUGCUGGCUGGAUGCAAAGAGGGUCGGGUCGCCGUUCUUACGACAAGCGAAGCACUUGUUCGAGCAGAUCGAUCUACAAUCUCUCUUAAUGGAUGCAGAACAACUGCGAAUACUGCAAUACUUUGAAAAGAGUCUGGUGUACUGGGAGAUGCUUGUAUCAGUGGUAGCAAGCGAUGAAGCGGAGACAGGAGUGGAACGCCAACGCAGGGAAACAGCUGUCGCUCAAGUCACCCGGGACGGGAACGCGGCCGACAUCCUACCACAUCCAUGGACGGGCAUAUCCUCACUGUCGUCGCAGCUCUUUGGUCAGGCUGUGCGUUUAUGCAGAGUCUAUCGACAAGGCAUCACGAACCCCACUGGCAGGGCGAGUAGCCUCUUGACAGCCAUGCAACGCAUCGACGAAGCGAGAAGCUUGGAGGAACGCAUCCUAGAUCUUGAUUUUGCAUACGCAGCGCACCUAGGCGACACUGGCGACACGCGAACACCACGAUCACAUCUAGUACUCGUUGCUGAAGCCUAUCAACUAGCUGCGCUCCUCCAGUUAUACAUCACCUUUCCAGAUUUGGUGUCCCUGCGGCUCCCUCACGAAAGGAAUUUCAACCAAGCAGAAGACGUUCCCUGGAACAAGUGGAUAGUGCCUUUGGCUUUACGGCUUGUCAAUGUUCUGGAACAAAUUCCCCCCGAAUCUGGAUCGCGCAUGAUGCAGCCUUUGCUGUACAUUUGCGCCGGCGCCGGUCUACGAAGGGACUCUUCCGUUGCGAUAGACACGGCGGCCAGCGGUCUUUGCAUUCUCAGGCCUGCCACCCCGUCAGGCAUGAAAGAUGGGCAGGUGGACAUGAUGGCCUACGUUGAUCAAAUCGACGUGGGAGCCGAUGAAGACGCCACCAACGAGAACAUGUCAGGGCCCGCCAUGGACGUUGACGAGGCUCGGAACUUUAUCAAUGCUCGGCUCGACCUCUUGAAGCGCACACUUCAUCCGAAUCCGAUUGUUGUCACCGCACAGUUGCUGAAGGCGGUUUGGGCGGCGUACGAUGCAGAGCCUGCCGGGAGUACAUCCGUCCAUUGGUUUGACGUGAUGGAGAAGACGGGACUAAGGUCUUUAUUUGGCUGAAAGAGUAUGCACAUGCAAUUUGGGCGAGACCAUUUCGUUCUCCUGGGUAUAGUGCGCUCACGAGUCACAAUGGA